GUGGCUUAGCCCAGGAUAACACUACAUUCUGUGAUGGGUGAGAAAUGAUCCAGACGUGGCCACCGUCAUUCCCCUGAAAUAAUGGACUUGGGCUCAGGAGGUCAAGCCCUCUUCAAGAGCAUGAGCUGAAAUUGCUAAAUGUUGGGAGUUUUUAGUGACACCCUUCAAAGUGCUCACGGUGUGGUAUGGAUCAGCUGGGGAGAACUGAUAUGGUUUUGCCCUGGGGGGUAUCUAUCUGUGUACCUUUGAGGUAGGCAACCGGGCCCACUUAGGCCCGCAGAUGCCCACUGUGAUUGGUUGACAUGAUGCCAAGCAACAGGAUCAUCCAAUCACCUUCAAUGCAGGGAGGAUUGCUGACAGUCCCCCUGGGUGACACUUCAUCCAAUCACAUGUCAAGUUGGCCUGUAACGUAGAGCCGUGUGGCCGUACCAAAGUACCUCCCAUUCUCUAGGUCCACAACUGCCAUUAUCUGGUCGUGCCAUCUAAUGGCUGCUGCCUCCGCCAUGGUUGUGCCUUCCUCUGAGAUGCCAUCUGAGGAACAGUUGAUCACCCAGGAGCCCAAAGAGGCCAACUCCACGACGGCCCAGAAGCAGAGCAAGCAGAGGAAGCGAAGGCCCCGUGGGCCCCACAGAUGCCAUGCCAACUGUCGCGGGGACAGCUUCGCCACCUAUUUCCGCCGGGUACUGAAGCAGGUUCACCAGGGCUUCAGCCUUUCCCAGGAGUCCGUGAGUGUCAUGGAUUCUAUGUUUCGUGACAUACUGGACCGCAUCGCCACCGAGGCUGGUUGUCUCACCCGUUAUGCCAAGCGCAUGACCAUCACCUCCCGGGACAUCCAGAUGGCCCUGCGCCUGCUGCUACCAGGGAAGAUGGGCAAGCUCGCUGAGUCUCGGGGCGCGAAUGCCACCCUCAGAACUUCGUUAUGUGCGAUAUGGCAACAGAGAAAGUGA